AUGUCGAACCUUCGAGAACUUUUGAUAAAAAGAGCAUCUAUUAAAGGUAGCUUAACUCGUUUUAAAAAUUUUUAUGACAAAUUAGAUACCGACAAUCCAGAUAUACUUCAGUUAGAAAUACGUUUAAAUAAAUUAGAAAUUAAUUGGGAACAAUUUUGCGACAUUCAAAGUCAAAUUGAGGUACUUGAAGAUAAUUUCGAGACUGAAAAUUUAGAAAGACAAAAUUUUGAAGAUGAAUACUAUAAUUGCAUAUCUCUUGCCAAAGGUUUAAUUGAUUCAAACAGACAGGAAAUUCAUACAUUUAAAUCAAUAAUUCACAACAAUUCGGACAUAUCUGAAAUUCAAAAAUUUCAUUAUUUGCGCUUAUCAUUGAAGGGCGAGGCAGCAGACAUAAUACAUUCCUUGGAAAUAUCCGCAGCAAAUUAUGAUAUCGCUUGGAAGCUACUCACAGAAAGAUUCGAAAAUAAAGUUCUUUUAGUUAAUAACCAUGUAAAAGCUAUUUUUAAUUUACCCGCGGUAAACAAAGAAUCAUAUUUCGCCUUACGACAGCUAUUUGACGGUUUCAUUAAGCAUACAAGAGCAUUAGAAGUUCUUGAACAACCCGUAAAACAUUGGGAUACGUUAUUAAUAUACAUAAUUUCAAAUAAACUAGACUCCAUUACGCGCCGCGAUUGGGAGAAAAAACAAAGGGCUGAAACUUUACCGUCGCUAACUGAAUUAACGACAUUUUUAAGAGAAAAAUGCGCAUUUCUAGAAAGGAUAUCACCAUCAACGUCAUAUGAUAAAAAUAUAAAAUCGAAAGCUUUCAUAUCAAAUGAAAACUUAACGUGUAGUCUAUGUAAAAUGAAUCAUCAACUGCAAAUUUGCCCAGAAUUUAUUAAACUAACACCAAAUAAACGAUUCAAUGUAGUUAAAGAGCAUCGUCUUUGUACUAAUUGCCUAAAGUCUAACCACAAAAAUGCUGAUUGUCGCAGUAACUCGAACUGUAAAGGUUGUCAAAAGCGUCAUCAUAGUUUAUUACACUUCGAAAAUAUACAGGGUGAGUCAAAUGCACCAACAAGCCGACAAACUAAUUCGAGGGAAAACAAAUCUGAAAAUCAAACUGUAGUAGUUCAUACAAGUGUAAAUACGAGUCAAGUUCUUCUAUCUACAGCACUAAUCAAGGUACUAGAUGUAUACGGAAAUGCUCAUAUAUGUCGCGUAUUGCUUGAUUCGGGUUCGCAAUCUAACUUCAUCACACAAAAUCUUGUAAACCAGUUAAGGAUCGAACAAUCAAAAAUAAACAUGGCUGUUUCCGGUUUAAAUAAUUCGUGCAGUCAAAUUAAAUAUUCGUCAGAUAUAAACAUACGUUCAAAUAUUAACUCAAUAGAAUUUAAAAUAAAUUGUUUAAUAAUACCACAAAUUACAGAUAAAUUACCAGCAUUUUCAUUUGAUAAAAAUAUUCUGGAUAUAUUAAAAAAUGUAACGCUAGCGGAUCCAAACUUUAACGAAUCAAGUCAAGUGGAAAUGCUGUUGGGCGCCAGCUUAUUUUGGAAAUUAUUACGAAUUGGACAAAUAUCAUUAGGUCACAAUAAUCCAGUCCUACAAAAAACGUUGUUUGGGUGGAUUAUCUCAGGCGAGAUUCCACAAACUAUUGCAAAUUACUUAACGCGUUGCAACUUCAUUUCAAAUUCGGAAAUUGACAACCAAUUGAAGAAAUUUUGGCAAAUUGAAGAAUAUGAAAAUGCUCCAGUUUCAUCUAAUGAUGUAGAAAUCGAAGCUCUAUUUAAAACAACAACACAACGUGCAGAAGAUGGAAGUUUUAUUGUUAGAUUGCCGUUAAAACUCCCUAGUAAUCUAUUAGGCGAAUCAAAGAAUAUCGCGUUGAAACGUUUACAUUCUAUGGAAAAUAAAUUAAAAGGUAACGAUAAUUUGAAACAGCAGUAUGGUCAAUUCAUGAGUGAAUACAUUGAAUUAAAUCAUAUGUCAAAAUUGCAAAACAAACGUGAUGAAAACGAUGGCUAUUUGAUACCACAUCAUUUCGUAAAGAAAGAAUCAAGUGUAACUACUAAAUUACGAGUCGUGUUCGACGCAUCGUGCAAAACUGAUUCCGGGUAUUCAUUGAACGAUUUACAGUUUGUGAUAUUACGAAAAUGGUAUCGCCAAAUUUUAAUAUAUCCUGAUGAUAGAAAAUUACAGAAAAUCUGGUGGCGUACAGAUACAACAAAAUCAAUCGAACAGUAUGAGCUGAACACAGUAACGUAUGGUACAGCAUCUGCGCCCUUUCUAGCCAUUCGGUGUCUUCACGAACUGGCUUAUCAACAUAUAGAAACUUACCCCAUUGCAAGCAAAAUCAUUUUAAAUGAUUUUUAUGUCGACGACCUUUUAACAGGUUCAGAUGACUUGGAGGAAUUGCAUACUUUAUAUCACGAAAUAAGUUUAAUAUUGAAAUCAGGACAAUUCUCAUUGAAUAGGUGGGUUUCAAAUAGUAAUAAAAUAUUAGAAAAUAUUUACAAUUCACAGUCAGAUGUUAUACUGAAUAUUGGCAAGGAAAAUGAAACACACACUUUGGGAUUACUAUGGCAUUCUAACUCGGACACUUCGAGUUACACGAUACGGGAAUUUAAUAACCAAAGGUUGAUUAACAAGCGCACAAUGCUGUCAGUAAUAGCUCAAAUAUAUGACCCUCUAGGACUACUUGGACCAGUAAUCAUAAUUCUGCUUCAAAAAUUAUGGCUACAAAAAAUUGAUUGGGAUAGUGAAUUACCCACAAUUAUUUUGAAUGAGUGGCAAACAUUUUACAAUCAAUUACAUCACUUACGGAAUAUUCAUAUCCCUCGUCAUGUCUUAUGCGAGAACGUAGUGCUAAUACAAUUACAUGGAUUUGCUGACGCAUCCAAAACUUCUUAUGGUGCCUGCCUAUAUUUGCGUUCUAUAGAUAAUAUUGGAAAUUGUCAAAUCAACUUACUUUGCGCAAAGUCAAAGGUAGCUCCGUUAAAAUUGGUCACAAUACCGCGAUUGGAAUUAUGCGCUGCUUUUCUGCUGGCGAGACUUAUUAAUAAAGUCAAAUCGUCAUUACGAUUUCCAAUCAAUAGAACAUGUUUAUGGAGUGAUUCCACGAUCACGCUCCAUUGGAUAAAGUCUAUACCAAGUACUAAACUACAACGUGUAGUAGCAUACAUAUUGAGAUUUCGAAACAACACAUUAAAUAUGACGGAGCAUAAGGAGUACGGUCCUUUAACUUGUCAAGAAUUAGAAAAUUCGUUAAAAACAUUAAUUAAAAUCUCUCAAAUUCAAACGUUUUGUACUGAAAUAUCCGAUAUAGGACAAACCAAUACAGUAAGUAAAGGAAGUAACUUGUUACAACUAAACCCAUUUUUAGACAGCGAGGGCGUCCUCAGAGUUGGCGGGAGAUUAACAAAAUCAAAUUUCAACUUUGACAAAAAAUUUCCGAUAAUACUUUCUGGCAAACAUACUCUAUCAAAAUUAACCGUACAAUAUGAACAUAUCCGUUUAUUGCACGCGGGUCCACAACAAGUUUUAGCAUCUUUACGCGAACGAUAUUGGAUAAUAUCGGCGCGUAAUCUAAUAAAAAAAACUAUUCACAAUUGUGUCACAUGCUUCCGAGUAAAACCAAAGGCACUAAAUUAUUUAAUGGGUGAUUUACCAGAUAUUUGA